AAUGCCAAAUGUAAAGAAGGCAGCUGGGAAACGAGGUCCUGCAAAGCGGAAACUUGCAGAAGAAUUUUCUCCAGGAGAAGUUUUUACAGACACUUCAAAGAAGGAUUGGAAGCUUGGACCAGUUAUAGGCAAAGGAGGUUUUGGCUGCCUGUAUCUUGCUGACAUUAAUUCAUCAAAACCAGUUGGCAGUGAUGCACCCUAUGUUAUAAAAGUGGAGCCCAGUGCAAAUGGAUCUCUGUUUACUGAAUUAAAGUUCUACAUGCGUGCCGCUAAACCAGAGCUAAUUAAGAAAUGGAUUGCUUCUCACAAACUGAAAUACAUAGGUGUACCAAGAUACUGGGGCUCUGGCCUGCAUGAAAAGAAUGGUAAAAGCUACAGAUUUAUGGUAAUGGACAGAUUUGGAAAAGAUCUUCAAAAGAUUUUUGAAGAAAAAGGAAAGCGAUUUACACGCAAAACUGUAUUACAGUUGGGCUUGAGAAUACUUGAUAUUUUGGAAUAUGCUCAUGAGCACGGAUACGUGCAUGGAGACAUCAAGGCCUCAAAUCUUCUCCUGAGUUGCAAGACCCCACAUCAGGUGUACUUGGUGGAUUAUGGCCUGGCAUGUCGAUACUGUCCAGAAGGCACUCAUAAGGAUUACAAAGAAGAUCCCAAACGGUGUCAUGAUGGGACCCUUGAAUAUACUAGUAUUGAUGCACACAGAGGGGUGGCUCCAUCAAGGCAUGGUGACCUACAAAUUCUGGGUUAUUGUAUGAUCUAUUGGCUUAGCGGGCAUCUGCCUUGGGAAGAUAACUUGAAAGAUCCCAGUUAUGUCAGAGACUCAAAAAUUAGGUAUACAGAUGAUAUUGCAGAACUGAUGAGCAACUGCUUCACUGAAAAAGAAAAACCAGGUGAAAUAGCCAGGUACAUGGAAAAGGUGAUGACUUUGACCUAUAGUGAAAAACCACCAUAUCAGCAGUUACAAGAAAUACUUCUUUGUGGUCUCAAGAACAUUGGUCAGAAGGAUGAUGGUAUAUUGGACUUUGACAUUUCUGAGAAUGGAGACAUUCCAGAAAAACCUGCACUUAAGGCAAGAAGAAGAUUAUUUGCCACAUCAGAUUCAGCUGCUGCCGAUGAAGAUGACACUGAAACAGCUAUGGAUGAAGUGAAAACUACCCAGAAAAGAAAGCGUGCUCCAUCUACUAUAGAGGCAAGAGCUUCUAAACUCAAAGUGCCGAAGGCUUCUCCCAAAGUCCAGAAGGCAUCUCCUAAAAUCAAGACAAGCAAGAAACCCAGGAAGAAGACCUAAAAGUAGGAGAGACAGAAUAAUGUGUGCUUGCUGCUUUUAUUAUUAUUCCCCCCC